GGCUUUCCUAUUUCCUGGUUCGCCGGCGGCCAUUUUGGGUGGAAGCGAUAGCUGAGUGGCGGCGGCUGCUGAUUGUGUUCUAAGGGGACGGAGUGGGGAAAGACGUUUGCUCUCCCGGAACAGCCUGUAUCAUUCCUCUCCCUCGAUUACCCGUGGCGUGAAGAGUCAGGGCGGAGGCUGCAGCAGCAAGGGCGGCGGUGGCGGCGGCGGCAGCUGCAGUGACAUGUCCAGCAUGAAUCCCGAAUAUGAUUAUUUAUUCAAGUUACUUCUGAUUGGCGACUCUGGGGUUGGAAAGUCUUGCCUCCUUCUUAGGUUUGCAGAUGAUACAUAUACAGAAAGCUACAUCAGCACAAUUGGUGUGGAUUUCAAAAUAAGAACUAUAGAGUUAGAUGGGAAAACAAUCAAGCUUCAAAUAUGGGACACAGCAGGCCAAGAAAGAUUUCGAACAAUCACCUCCAGCUAUUACAGAGGAGCCCAUGGCAUCAUAGUUGUGUAUGAUGUGACAGAUCAGGAGUCCUUCAAUAAUGUUAAACAGUGGCUGCAGGAAAUAGACCGUUACGCCAGUGAAAACGUCAACAAGUUGUUGGUAGGGAACAAAUGCGAUCUGACCACAAAGAAAGUAGUAGACUACACAACAGCAAAGGAAUUUGCUGAUUCCCUUGGAAUUCCAUUUUUGGAAACCAGUGCUAAGAAUGCAACGAAUGUAGAACAGUCUUUCAUGACGAUGGCAGCUGAGAUUAAAAAGCGAAUGGGUCCUGGAGCAACAGCUGGUGGUGCAGAGAAGUCCAAUGUGAAAAUUCAGAGCACUCCAGUCAAGCAGUCAGGUGGAGGUUGCUGCUAAAAUUUGCCUCCGUCCUUCUCUCACAGCAAUGAAUUUGCAAUCUGAACCCAAGUGAAAAAAAAUUGCCUGAAUUGUACUGUAUGUAGCUGCACUACAACAGAUUCUUACCGUCUCCACAAAGGUCAGAGAUUGUAAAUGGUCAAUACUGACUUUUUUUUUAUUCCCUUGACUCAAGACAGCUAACUUCAUUUUCAGAACUGUUUUAAACCUUUGUGUGCUGGUUUAUAAAAUAAUGUGUGUAAUCCUUGUUGCUUUCCUGAUACCAGACUGUUUCCCGUGGUUGGUUAGAAUAUAUUUUGUUUUGAUGUUUAUAUUGGCAUGUUUAGAUGUCAGGUUUAGUCUUCUGAAGAUGAAGUUCAGCCAUUUUGUAUCAAACAGCACAACCAGUGUCUGUCACUUUCCAUGCAUAAAGUUUAGUGAGAUGUUCUAUGUAAGAUCUGAUUUGCUAGUUCUUCCUUGUAGAGUUAUAAACGGAAAGAUUACACUAUCUGAUUAAUAGUUUCUUCAUACUCUGCAUAUAAUUUGUGGCUGCAGAAUAUUGUAAUUUGUUGCACACUAUGUAACAAAACAACUGAAGAUAUGUUUAAUAAAUAUUGUACUUAUUGGAAGUAAUAUCAAACUGUAUGGUGAUAAGUAUUGUUUUAAUUCUUAUGGUUAAAGGGAAAUAGAGCCUUGCAUUAUACUCAAAACAGCCAUUUGUGUGUGCAACCAGGGCACUAUAGACCUAUCUUAGAGCAGCAUCCAAUAUGCUUUCCAGAUAAUAUACCCAGUAUAUGACCUAGGGUGGCUUCUGUGUUGUGUAGGGAUUUAACCAAGCUUAGUGGUUCCGGGAGACUAAGUUGUAUGGAAAACAAGUUUAGAAUGUAUGCUACCCAUUCUAUUAUCCUCUGCUCCUUCUCUAAAACCAUUUGAAAUGGCUUUAUCAAUCAACAUUUUGUUCUGUGGUAGAGGUGGAAAGCAGCACACCUUUCUUAAUUGGCAAGUGAUCAGACUAAAUUCUGUAUGUGCUGAUACUGUUUCUUCCAUGCUCUGAGUCACAUGUCAAACUAUUUUAUCCUCCACAAUUACAUAAUUUAGGUUGGAGGAGAGUUAAAGCAUUAAAGUAGAAACAGGAAAUUUACUAUUGAUUGCCCUAAUUUUAGGAAUUAUAUCCCUAAAAAUUAACUAAAAA